UCAAUUUUGCAAGGUUUAGACAGCAGAUCUCUUCCUUUGGAGAAGUCCCGCCAGAGCACUCUCUCUCUCCGAGUGUCGCUGAACUCUUCACAGUCAACUCUCUCCUCUGAAACGACGCCGUCAAAUGCCUCUUUCUCCUCCUGGAAGAUGGAGAACCUGCAUCUUUGCCUCAAUGGCUCCGCUACUGCGAGCCCGAAGCUUCAGAUCAGACGCAGCGUUAGAAGCUCUGGCCAAAGCCUCUCAAGACAAAGUCCCCAACUUGCUUCUCUACAACUACCCCUCAUUCUCUGGAGCUUUCUCUGCCCUCUUCGCUCACCUCUUUCACUCUCGCCUCAACCUCCCUUGUCUCACUCUGCCUUUCUCUUCCGUCGAACCCUUCAGGAUUGAUGAUUUGUGUAUUGAAGGGCUGGAGAGAUGCUAUCUUCUUGAUUUUCUUGGCCCAAAAGGAUUUGCAGUUAAGUUUGCGCGGAGAGCUUUGUGCGAGGUAAUUUCCUUUGAUCAUCGGAAAAGGGUACUUCCACAGAUACCCUCCGAGGAAGAUUGUCCUAAGAACCUCACAUUUCAUGUGAAUCUUGAAAAGAGUAGCUCUACUGCUGUGUAUGACUACUUCUCCACUAUACUGGCCGGCAGUGAGUAUCAUAAUGGAAUGGACGUAAGUUUAUUAGAACCCGAGGACAGAGAUCGUGUAGAAAUGGUACUUAAGUACAUCGAGGACGGAGAUCUUCGGCGGUGGAGCUUACCGGAUAUUAGGGCGUUUAAUAUUGGACUUAGUGAAUGGCGCUCCAAGUUGAAUUGUGUUACUAAUCCAUACAUGUACGAACAGUUACUGGAUAUAAGUGCUGUGGAUGCUCUCGCUAAGGGAAACGCUUAUAAUUCUAUUCGCCAGAAAGCUGCAAAUAAGUUACUGGAUAAUGUUUUGAAAGUAAGGUUGGGGAGAGGAUUUUAUGGGGAGUGUCUGGGAGUUCGAGCUCACGUGAAUUCUGAGCUAAGUGAUGAAAUCGGCAAGCAGCUUAGUGUAAAAAGUGCUGCUGCUGGUCUACGGCCUAUAGGAGCUGUUAUAUUCAUGCAGCGGAAAAACCUAAAAAUGUGCUUGAGGAGUACUGAUAGUUCCACUGAUACCUCUGAAGUUGCAAAGGCAUAUGGAGGAGGAGGCUCGCCAAGUUCUAGUUCCUUUAUUAUAAGGAUGGACGAGUACAAUCAGUGGAUCUCGGAAAAUUCAAGAUGAACAUGUCAAGUUAGUUUUGGUCAAGCCCAGUAAUAGGUUCUGGAAAAUAGUUUGAAGUUUGAACUUCCAAGUGGUUCUCAAUGAUUUGGAACAGGAUUUGGUGAGUGCCCUGUUAAUUUGUAUGUGGGCUAGAUCAAUAAAUUAGUGGAUGAUAAGAUUAGUGUGAAAUUAUUCAUAUACUAUGAGUAAGAUUAAGUUCUAUAUGGCUUUGAGGGCUCUAAGUAAUAGGUUUUUCCCUUACAAAGAGAUAUGAGGUCUGCAAAUUGCUCUGAAGUAGCCAUUUUCAAUUUGGUUGCUAAUCAACAGAUGUAUUUGAUACAGAGGUAACAUGUUUUUGUAUAUUGUUUCUGCAUUUGUAUAACGAAUAGCAAGUUAAUGGAUCAUGUUUUAUCUCAUUAUGAGACAACUAAAACCUCUUCUGCUUCGUCAGAUUCAGUUCUAAUACUUGCUAAUUCUGUACUACGACAUUUUAAAAAUGAAAUCACAUGUAACUGGAGAUACGGUUUUAUUAGUUCACUGGACAACCGUCAGCAACGAUGCCCUUGGCGGUUGGACAAGUUGCCAAGUCACAGUGUUCACCGUUUGUACCCCACCAGGCCACACUUUUAUUUUCCAUGCCUACUGAAAGGUACAAUAAAACUGCCAUGAAAGCCAACCCAGCAUCCAGUGCCGCUGAAAGGACAUAAUUGUACCUCUGCCACCACUUCUUCCUGUAACGGAAGACAAAAAAAUUGAAAAUUGUUCCGACUAUAAUCCAGGAAUUGUAGUUCAAUGCUGUAGCUGGAGGCAUUGAUGCUGUUGCUCCCAGAAGGACUGGAAGAUUAAUCAGGCGUAUCCAAUUUUGCUUUGGGCAUGCCUUAUGCAGUACCCAAACAAUAACCGGUCCGACUGCACCUCCAAGGAAGAACCAGUUUAUGGCUCCAUAGAUUCCAAGAGUUCCAAAUAUACGUUUAGGUCCUGCCAAACCCCAAAUCACAGAAGCAUCAAAGAAAACUCGGUCACCUGGGCAUGUCCAAGGACUAUCUGAAUGAGGAUCAUCCACACAUAUAUUUGUGAUAGAGUUCAGCAACCAAUGUGCUACUGCAAGGUUGACGGUUCCAGCAAGAAUCGUUCCGAUGAACUAGGCAUACAUGAAGGGUGAAUGCAAAGGCCAUGGUAGCAGCAAAUAGGAGUCCCCACCAUGGCAUCUGAACCUGAUCAUUCAAGAAAAUACAGAGUACAAGAGAAACUGCAACUGUAAUGAUGAGCAAUGUGUAAAACCACCAGGAAGGUCUGCAGUUGACAACAUGAAUUCUGCUACUGCUGAAGUCAGAGGUUUUCAGCCCUACGAAGUUAAAAAUGAAAAAGGAAUGAGGUAUCCAUGGCUGAUCUGUUUAUCAGCUAGAACCCUUCCACUAAUCGCAGUCCUUCGUCGACAACACUAAUUUUUGUUAUUGCUAUUUAUAACCCCAUGAUAAUACAGGAAACGCAGAAAGUUUAAGUUGUUCGAAGUGCAUUUUGGUUCUACACAGGAAUGAGUUUUUUCCGGUGUUUAAAAUAGCUGGAAAAGAACAUGUGGCUGUUGGGAUUUUUUUUCCUUUCGAUAUCCAUGCCUGUAUCUAUCGUUGCCCAUUUGAUGUGUUGACUCACAAUGGAUAAAUAACAAUCAAUACAAAUUCGAGGGUUACAUCA